AUGGUCGCCCCCGACUCAACUGAAGCGCCCUUGGCAUCGCCAACUUGCAGCAUUCGACUCACCGACUUGAUCGGCACCAAGUCAGUGACUGAGUUUAGAUGACUUACAAUCUCGAUGCUACCCGGUCACUCAACAUGGCCCGUGCUUUUGGUGUCACGUGUCCGACCCGGCCUCGCUCGAUAGUACGUCGCACCGAUCACGCUGACGCAGAUCCCACUGAUCAGCAGCUUGUUCCACCGACUCUGUGAUGCUCCCCAGGUUAACUCGCCAUCUGGUAUCCUUAGUUCGUGUACUAACCACAUCAAUCAAUUGUUCUGCACUGGGACCUAGCCUUGCUCGGCGGUCCGAGUCACAUGCACUUGUCUCUGUUCAGGAAGCCCACAGGUGGCCAUUCUUUGACUUCGAGAGAAGUGUGAGCAAGCUUGCUCUAUCGUCCGCUCGCUGAUGCCAAUGUGCUUGCAUUAACAUCGAGAACAGUGCCACAGGCCACACUGCUUCGCCUCCGAGUCGAUGCUGUAGACGGGAGCUUCGAGGUGAGCAGUCAGUCGGUUAUCCAAGCUCGACGAGAAGAUGUUUAAGAUGUGUACAAGCAUAUUUCAGGACCUGAUGUUGAACUAUAGGGUGAGUCUCUAG